CUCUAAUGUUCAUUCGACUACAGGUUAUUCCCCUCUCGAACUCUUGUUAGGAUUUAAACCCUAUACGCCUCAAUCCAUAGAUCGUUUAGAAAAUAAUACAUAUACAGACUAUAUCCGCGCACUUAAUCAUAGGUUAUACUAUAGUCGUAAUAAAGCAUUACAAAACAUACACAAUUCAAAAGAAAGGUCGAAAAGAUAUUACGAUUCCCAUUCUAGGCCAGUAACAUACAACACCGGCGAUAUGGUGUACAUACGUUGUCACCACAAACAAAACAAAGCAUUGUCGCCAGUAUGGAAAGGUCCAUAUAAAAUCAUUAAAAUAAACGGCAAUCAUACAGUGACACUCUUGAUCAACCGUAGACAUGUACGUCAUCACUAUGACGAAAUAAAACCUGCCAACCUGUGAAUCACUGUAUAUAGUAUCCUUCUCCGUCUCAUUUCAGACACGUCACAAUGCUGUGCUCGUGCCGUCAGUUUGUCUCACCGAUAAUAAGCAGUCCCGGAUUAUUCUUUGAUAAGUUAUUAGAUGUAAAGUAUACUAACGACGAAUGGAACGUUGUAACAUAUAUGGAUAUAGCUCGCGUCCAGCCUCAUUUAAGUCAUGUAGAACAGUUAUUCGAAAAAAUAAACACAUUUUGUAAAAACUUCGCCUCUUCAAAAGUUCAAACGGACUGUUCGAAUUCUCUUUCAUCACUACAAAGUCUACACGUUAAUAAUGUUAAAAAGUUUUCUUCUAUAUCAUACCUUAUUUAUGGACAUCAGCCUCGCGUUAAGAGAGGUCUGAUAGAUGCAGGUGGAUCAUUACUCAAAUCCUUGUUCGGAACAUUAGAUUCGAAUGACGCUAUUAAAUUCUCAGAAGCUAUCGAUGAUGUACAGUCAGACGAAAAACAAUUAGCUCAUUUAAUGAAAGAAAAUAUUCAUGUUAUAAAGUCUACAGUAUCUACCUUUAAUGACACAUUGUACAAAGUCACUGAAAACGAAAAUAGGUUAAAUAAAAAUUUUGAUAUUAUCAAUAAAAUGUUUGAACAAAUUACAAAUUCUAAUGAUAAGCUAGAAAUAAAAACCCACUUAAAUUCUAUGUUAAAUUGCCUUGACAGCAUAAUUAUUACAUUAUCGUUCGAUAUAGAAGAUAUUAAUAACGCAAUACUAUUUAGCAAAUUAAAUAUUCUGCAUCCGACUGUACUAAGUCCACAUCAAUUAUAUAAUGAGCUCGAACGCAAUACAAAUAACUUGCCUAAGCAUUGCGAACUCCCUGUAUCCUUAUCACUACAAAAUAUACAUGAUAUCAUAGAUGCAUCUAAACUAGUUUGUUAUUAUCAUAACAGUAGAAUUAUUGUAGUUAUAAAAAUACCGCUCGUCCUUCCUCAACUUUAUAAUCUUUACCAUGUAAUACCGAUUCCAGUGCCGUAUGAUAUCUCAAAACCUGACACCUAUGCGCUAAUCGCGCCGACUGCUCGUUAUGUGACAAUAACAGCUGAUCAUUUGUUUUAUUCAUUUGUUGACGAUGUUUCCAAGUGCAAGCUAAUAAGUGAUAAAUACUAUGUGUGUGAUUUAAACAACGUGUUUUCUACUAUUGCGCGGCCAAUGUGCGAAAUAGUGUUGAUAACGGAAGUAGUGAGUAAAUUGCCAAACUCUUGUGAAGUGAAACUUUUAAAAGGUAACAUAGACACGUUUCAUAGAAUAAGUAACAAUCGAUGGAUCUAUGUCCAAUCGGAACCCGGGAAAUGUCACAUUUCCUGUGAUAAUGAUUCCAAUAAUUAUAAUGAAUUACUGUUUGGUAUAGGUAUAUUCAAGUUAGAAGAAAAUUGUAAAGCAUUUUUCAAAACUCUCCAGUUUACGUAUAAGAAUAGCAUAAGGUUAAAUGUAAGCGCUACUACUGAAAUUUCAAAUUUCAACCUCAUCGAAGAUGACUGUUGCGAAAAGAAUAAACUAAAUAAAACUUUAUCGAAAUUGCCUUUCGUAAAAUUAAAUAAUGUUCAUAAUUUAGAUUCACUUUUGCAUGCUAGUGUCCAUCUAGACAGUUUCGAAAAGGAAUUAGACAAGUUAGAAAAUCCUACACAUUUUCAAAAAUAUAGUGUUCAAUAUAUAUCUGUAAGUUAUGUUGUUUCAGUUAUAUUUCUAUUGUAUCUGUUAUAUAAGAGUAGAAAAUUUAUGUGUAAACGAGAUUCGUCACGUUACUGUGUUCAAAUAUUUAAUAACUGUAGCAAUAAACAGUCUGGUUCUAAACAACCUAUACAAGUUGUAAGCACUAUUGAUAAAUCAAAUAAAAUCACCGACUCUUCAGAUACCGAAGAACUAGAGAUCCAGAAUCCAACUCCAGUAAAAAGAAAUAUUAUCUUUAAAAAGUCAUCCCAAUAUCAGAAUUAAAUAAAAACAACAUUAUACUUAGUUAAAUAGUUAGAUAUUAUAGAAUCACUGGGUCACUGGUUCAUCUUAACUUUACUAUUUGUCUAUUAUUAGUAUUCACUUAAUUCUAAUAAUUUUGAAUGUAACUCUAACAUAAAUAAUAAUUUAGUUAUUACCAACUGUUAAUUAUAUUAGUUCAUUUAGUUUUCUAUUUAUGUUCUAUUACGAAUGUUUUAACUAUUUUUAAACCUUAACUUUACUAUAUCAAUCACUUCUAUAUAAUUCUAUAUCUUAUGUCUAGCACUUAAGGCUCAUUCUUUAUUUGUCCGACUGAGUUUCACAUCUUAUCAUACUGAAUUUAUCAUCAUUUUCAUCUAUGAUGAUAAAUCUUAACGGGGGGGUUGUUAUAUAGCCGUGGUUAUGUACAACAUACGAACAUAAAAGUGCUGAACUGCAUUUUCGAAACAGUCAGCGGUUAACAAUAAGGUAUGCGUCAUACCAUCCAUUUCCAGCGAUUUUUCGAUAUAUUUUAAUUCAGACCGGAUUUGAACCUCAGACGAACAAGACGCUUUGUUAAUUUUCAUAAUAAAGACUCGUGCUAAUUAAAAUAAUUUUCUUUUUAAAAAGUCUCAUC